AUGGGGUCAUCCCUGGCUGCACAAAAGCCGGAUCACCCUUGUCCAACCGGGCUCACAGAGCAGGAUCUUACUUCAUAUCCAUGGAACCCAUCCACUGAUGACGACCUUGCGGUGCUAGCCGUGCGGAGCGUUGUUGGGGAUAUGUGUACGCAGCACGGAGGAGGGCAUGCUGGUUCCGCUUUGGGUAUGGCAGCGAUAGGGGUGGCAUUAUGGAAGUAUGUCAUGCGAUACAGUCCCUCAGAGCCUGAAUGGUUUGAUCGCGACCGUUUCGUUUUGUCGAAUGGUCACGCCAGCUCCUUCUUGUACGCACUUCUUCACUUGACCGGUUACGAAGCUUGGUCCGUGGAACAAUUGAGGGGAUACACUCAUCCAAAGGAGAAGGGCUACGUGACCCUGGCUCACGGCCAUCCGGAGAUCGAGGCGCCUGGUGUCGAGGUCACCACCGGACCGUUGGGGCAAGGCGUCGCCAACGCUGUUGGCCUUGCGAUAGCUUCAAAAAAUCUCGCUGCUACGUUCAAUGAACCCGAUGCCGAAAUCAUCCAAGCCCGUGUCUUCUGUAUGACUGGCGAUGGCUGCCUGAUGGAGGGGGUGGCUCUAGAAGCCAUCUCACUUGCGGGUCAACUGCAGCUGGAUAACUUGGUUCUAAUAUAUGACAACAACCAGGUCACCUGUGACGGGCCUCUCUCAUGGGUCAACAAUGAGAAUAUCAAUGAGAAGAUGCGCGCUUGCGGGUGGGAGGUGAUUGAUGUUUUUGACGGCAGGUAUGAUGUACAAAGCAUAGUUGCGGCUCUGGAACAGGCCAAGUCGGUCACUGGCAAGCCCGUCAUGGUCAACGUCAGGACAGUGAUUGGCGUCGAUACGAGCGUCGCAGGAACAAACAAGGCUCACCACGGACUGAUUGACGAGGGCAGCAUCGCGAGGCUGAAGCAGCUUCUCACUUCUGACGGCCAGCCUUACUCGAUACCUGCAGACAUCCGUUCCUAUUUCACAGAGCGCAAAGAGCAUGGUAUACAACUUCUGGAGAGAUGGAAUGCAUUGAUCGAUCAUUAUCAAAAGGCCUAUCCGGACAAAGCUCGAGCACUCGAGGAACGCAUUGGCGGCUGUCAGCGCAGUGGUGAAGAUGUGCUGAAAGCCAUGACGGCAAAAGACUUUCGGGGAAAAUCGACGAGAGAAAUGAACGGCAUGGUCAUUGAGAGCCUUUUGCAAGCGCUCCCUGGGCUGAUCGUGGGGAGUGCGGAUCUGGCUGGGGCGAACAAAACCCCCCAGUCAGAACAAACCAUCUUCGACUCGCACAAUCGUCGGGGCCGAACUAUUCGUUACGGGGUUCGCGAACAUGCGAUGGCGGCGAUAUCAAACGGUUUGGCGGCGUACCAUCACGGCGCUUUCAUUCCAGUCACGGCAACCUUCCUGAUGUUCUACCUAUAUGCUUCGCCAGCGGCGCGAAUGGGCGCCCUGAGCAAGCUGCGAGUCAUCCACAUCGCUACCCAUGAUUCGUUCGCCGAAGGUCAGAACGGGCCGACGCAUCAACCGGUCGAGGUCGAUUCUCUGUACCGUGCCAUGCCAAACUUGUAUUUCUACAGGCCCUGCGACGGCGAAGAAGUGAUCGGGGCGUGGCAAAGCUCCCUGGCGAUGCCACACUCCCCCGCCAUCAUUUCGCUUGCCCGAGAUCCCACGGACGGAGAAGUGCCGGGGACCCGCCGAUCCGGCGUCGCUCGCGGCGCGUACGUCUGUGUCGAGGUGGAAAACCCCGACUUGACCAUCGCGAGCUGCGGUUCAAACAUGCACCACGCGGUCAAGGCUGCACGGAUGCUGGAGAGGGCAAAGGGGCUACGCGUGAGGGUGGUGAGUGCACCUUGCCUCGACCUGUUCGAGAUGCAGGACCAGGCGUACAAAAGCUCCGUGUUCCCGUUGGAUGGACACCCGGUCGUCAGUGUCGAGGAGUAUGUGCCGACGGUGUGGGCGCGUUACGUUACUGGCAGCGUGGGAAUGUCAUCGUUCGGUUGUUCUGCCGCGAAUGCGUCCAACUAUGAGCGUUUCCAAUUGAACGACCGUGGCAUCGGACGCAGGAUCUUGGAGUAUCUGAUGAGAGGCCUUCAGUCCCUACCCGUUCCCAAGUAA